GUCGGUGUCUCGUGUCGCCAUGGCAUGGCCAGGAUUGCAACACAUCUAUCGGUCAUCCCAGCGUGCGGGAGACCUGGCGAGGCGGAUCACGAUGAGGAGGGUAUGGCCCAUCUUCAUUCACGAUUCGCAUUGUAUUGUGCGUUGUGAGCAUUUCUUGGGAACCGCCUCCUUGCAUGCUCACCGCCCUAGGAAUGUCUCAACUUUCAUUCACACACGUCUCGCCGCUAUGGCUGGGCCGCUUUCGGAUCCGCGGGUUCCAACAAAGAAACAAAGAAAACACUGCAUACACAUCCAUCCCGCAACAAUCGCAGCAUUGCGCGAGGCAGAAGAGGGCCGUGCUCGUCAUUGGACAAAGGAGCGCAUGCCACCGUGGGCGUGGAAUAAUAGACACAACGAUAAUUCUUGCGUUUCUUUGCAAUAAUGGCACGUCUGGACCCGUCACGCGCCUCUAUUGGUGCGUAGGUAGCAGGGCUUUCAUUGUCGAGUGGGAAUGCCAGUGGAACAAGAGGACGGUGAGACCCCGCUGUCUCGUCUCCGAUGUCUGCUUCACUCCACGAUUUACCGCUGCCCCUGCUUCCUCCGCAUCGACAGUGGAAUCAACCGCAUCAGCCUGUGCAAACGCUGCACUCCGCCAAUGCUCCCUCACACAUCGUCUUCACGAGACAGCUGUGGCAGAGAACCAUGUCCGGCGGCUCCCACCCAGCUAAUGACGCUGUCUUGAACCAGUCUCAAGCUCAGGAUACACGAGGCAGCAGCCAUAAUAUUACUACAGGUUCCAGUCGGCGCACGUCGUCCUCCGUCUCCUCGCGCUCCCGCCGACGCUCUUCAAGUCCCUCUGGCCGAGAUCCAACCAAGACUCCAUUGACGCCUGAAGAGAGCCCCCCUUUCAGUCGGACAACAAGAAAGCGGACCGCUGGCAUUGUGGAGGCCGAGGACAAAGACCUCACUCUCCCCAACGCGUACUCGGCGCAUCCGACUUGCGACGGCGGCGAAGUACACGUCUGCAUCUGCCAACCAGAGCCCAAGAUCCCGAGACCCAGGAACGCCUUCAUUCUGUAUCGCCAGAACCAACAGGCCCAAGUCGUCGCUCAAAAUCCCGGUCUCGCGAACCCGGAGAUUUCCAAAAUCAUCGGCGAGCAGUGGCAGAACCAAGCUCCAGAGGUCAAAGCAAGGUGGAAAGCGCUUGCUGAAGAGGAGAAGGUCCGCCACCAACAGCAAUACCCCUCCUAUCGUUACCAGCCCAAGCGCAGCAAUCGAAGAGGCAGCGUGUCAUCAGAGCCAGCAUCGGGAGUUGAGAAGGCUCGCUGUCACAAGUGUGGCGGGAAGAGCAUAUUGGCCCCAUCGACACCGUACACAGCCAGCAAUAGUCCAGCGACAGCCAACACACCGGGCCCCCUCGCUACGCCGGUCACCAGAACACUGCCCGUGUUCCGGGACCUCAGUCUCCAAUCACCAGCAGCAAGACGGUCUGGCCGCUUCCCCAGCAGCACCAUGUCUCCUAACCAUCACGACGAGCGCGACGAUCUCGGUCCUCUCAGUCCCGAACUCAAGCGGCGGCGGUAUAAUAACAUCAGUGAGCACUCCAAUCCUAUGACUUCACGCCCACCGCCACCACGGUAUGUGACUGCACCGCCUCCGGGAGUGCACGUUGGCCCUGGCACGCCAUUUCCCUUUAACCAGACACCUCCUUCGCAUCCAUAUCCACCAGCGGCAGCACACGCGCGGCGCGAAUCGCUCCCUGGACUGCGCGGUGUGGUGAGUUCUCCUGGACCCAUGGCACCACCUCCCAGACCUGGACCAGGCUAUGCGCAACACCGCUUGUCCCAAGGACACGUAGGAGCACAUGACCGAUCAUUGACACUGCCACCAUUACAAACCAACAGCGCUGGUGUUGCUCCUGGUCCGAUGACAUCUAGCGGCGGUGUCAAGAGUGUGAAAGAGUCCAUCAUGAGCCUGGACUUUUGGUACAAGAUCAAUGUGUUGGGUAAAGUUGCGCCGCCCACACCAGUCAGAAAGUCAGCGCCUCGGGGACCUCUAGUCGCCAUCGAGGGUGACAAUCUCGAGGCUGUCAAGACUCUUGCCAAUUGGCUGAGUAACACAUUGGGCAAAGGAGAGGAUCUGAAUGUAAAGCAGCUCGACGGGCCUGCGGUGAGCUGCGAAGGCAGUAAGCAGCAGAUCAUGGCGCGAUAUCACCGCCUGGCAGCAGAUUGGCUGUUGAAGAGCAGCAGUAUCACAGAGUCGCUGAUGAUGGGCGCGAUAUCACCGACUGAUUCUGUCAUGGUCGACGCUCCUUCCACCCUGCCCAAAGCCAAAGGCAGAGCGCCCAUCGAUGAGAAUUACGACGACAGCAACGACUCGGAGGCCAAUACGAACAGAGCGUCGCCUGAUCGAGUAGCCGCACGCGCUCACGGUGCGGAACCCUCGGAGACUGAUCGAUAUGGCGACGAGGCUGAGCAGGUGGAAGGAGGACAUUCAUCAUCCACACGCAAAGCCUCCAGCUCGAGCAAAGGCUCGUCCGCGCCCAACAGCAGCACUAAGCCAGUGGGCAUCAUCGCCAAUUACUCCCUGCACGCCAGCAAUUUCUUCGCCUGCCAUAUUCCCAUUGAGUCCUAUGCACAGUACUCGCCCAAGGAUCACUGGGAGUGGACCGCCACACACUGGCGCGGCAUCAUCAGUCCCGAUUUGACCAUCUACGUCAAAGACAGUGCCGUGGCCGAGAGUGGCAAGCCCACGGUCGAGAUCAUGGAGCCCGGUAGCCUAUUUGUGGUGAAGAGGAGCAAGGGGGAAGGUAAAGACACGUUUGAUGUCGAGGCUUCCACACUGAGACGUCUUGGCUUCGAAGUCAGCGAAUGGGUGCGUGGGUUUGGCGAGAACGCUCUUUACGGUAGAUUAGAUGGCGACACGCCUGGCCAGUGA